UAGUUGUAGAGACAAGACAAGUGAUGUGAUCGCUCGCUUUAAGCUAAAACAAAAAAAAAGCUUCACUUCUUGCAAAUCUUCAACUCUAUAACAAAAAAAAAGAUGGGCUCGCAACAAUCUACACAAGUAGGAGACGAUGAAGAAGAAGAAGAAGAGCAAACAGAUGCUGAAGAAGAAGAAGAGGAUAACAGCAGAUCGAAUCCAAGAGAGCUAGACAACCUUCUAGUAAAGAGAGUCCUCGAGCAAGAGCCCGAGAUGCUACCAUGCCACGCUUCAGCCUCCCCGCUUUCUCCACAGCUCUCAUCUCUCGGAACUCCACGGAUCGGCCCUUCCAUCAAAGUCUGGGAUCCUUACAACGUCCUCGCUCCUCAUCCUCCUCCGCCUAUCUUCCCCCGAGGAGACGAAGAUCAUCACCGUGCUGCCGUUACCGAGGUUUAUCUCGUCAGCCACGGCGAGUGCGAUCUCAAUCUUAGGCCUGAUCUCGUCGGUGGGAGAUGCCACGUCGCCGCACUCACAGCUAACGGUGAACGCCAAGCUAGGGCUCUUGCUGUUUUCUUCAAAUCUCAGGGUGUACGGUUUACUUCGGUUUACUCUUCGCCUCUGGAUCGAGCUAGAUCCAUGGCUGUUUCGGUUUGCCAGGAAAUGAGUUAUCCAGAGGAGCACAUACAAUCCUCAGACGCAAUUAUAGAGAUGAGUCUAGGAGAUUGGGAAGGUUGCAACCAAUCAGAGAUUUACAGUCCCGAGACUCUGAGCUUGAUCGAAAGAUGCCAGCCUGAUUUCUCAGCUCCUUCUGGAGAAUCACUCAGACAAGUGGAGUUCCGGAUGGUUCAGUUUCUAAACGGGACAGUCUCAGGAGGGCUUGCAGAGAAGCUCAGGUCAGAUUUUUCAUCCACCGCACAUGAGCGUUGUGAUGGUGGUUCGUUACUUCCCUCGACCAGCUGGGACUUGCUUCACAAGCAUCGUCCAAGUCUUACGAGGAAGAAAUCGGGCAAAAGCAGGCUUCAGGUGAUGACCAAUCACGAGCUUGAAGAUGGAGUGUCCCCAAGGGAAGACGUUAAUCAAAAUCACAUCGACAUGGUGUCGAGUUGCGUUGGGGUUUUCACGCAUUCGUUGCCUAUAAAGUGUCUUCUGACCGGAGUCCUCGGGUGCAGUCCUGUAAUGACUCAUAAGAUCUGUGUGGAGGACUCUUCGGUGACGGUGUUACAGCAUUCUUGGAGAAAUGGGUGGCAGAUCAAACGAAUGAAUGAUACUGCUCAUCUUAGAUUGUUGUAGUUUGAAAAAAAUAUAUUUUUUACUGGUUACCAAAAGUUUUCAUAUGUAUACAAUGAUGAAUCGGUAAGUUCAAGAACAAAGGUUAUGCAGAUGACAUGCCAUGCCACGGCCUCUUCUUAUUAAUGUUUGUUUGGAAACUAAGGGGAAAAAAUAUUCAUUGAGUUUGAUC